UUUCUGCUUUCAUGUCCAAUCCAACUUUUCUGUUUGGUUGGUGGGAAAAUCCCUACUCUCUGUUCAUCCCCAAACCUUUAAAUCCACGCUUUCAAGUUGCUAUUAGAGCUCGGAUCCGAGAAGCCAAAGGCCAAAAAACCAUGUCCUCAUUGCCGGCCGAGCAGAACGGCGACUCGGCGCCUACUGGAAGCAGUGGAGGCGGAGGAGAUUCGCAAAGAUCGCUUCCGACGCUGUUUUUGACCAAAACGUAUCAGCUCCAUCCGUCGAUAUCGCGAUAUUAUCCAAAAUAUCGCGAUAUUAUCGAUAAUAUCGCGAUAUUUUGACGAAAACCAAUCGGAUAUGUGUAGAAAUAUCGGACUCCCAAAAAAACGAUAAUAUCGGCGAAAUAUCGCCGAUAUUAUCGAUUUUUUAUACCAUGGUAGUAAGUGAACGACCACGUACUAAGUGUGAGCUCCUAGUUUUGUCUCUCUGGGUUCAGUGGGUUGCAAGAAAGCCCAACCAUAUUUCUCUUCAUGUAUGCAUUAUUACGUACAUAUAUCGAACCAGAUUUCAUGUGCGACUUUAACUUCCAGUAUUGAUGUA